AUGCUGGAGAUGUCCACCUCUGCUCGUCUCUGCUGCUGUUUGGGUCCUGCUCCUGGUCGUAGAAUAAUUAUCAACAUCCACAAUGACAACUUGAGUCCAGAGGAAUCUCGGACACCAAGAUGUUCCUCUUUAACAUCGCCAAUUAAACUUGGAGACAGAUUCAUUCCCACCCGAGCAGGAGCCAAAUGGAAUAUACAUUUUCACAAAAUCAAUGAAAACGAGAAGACUCAAAAUCUGAAUAAAAAAGCAAAGGAAGCCUCUUCGGAUACUAACAAAGCAGAUGGGCUGGCGUACUCUGCUUUACUGAGGAAUGAGUUAUUAGGAGCUGGUAUAGAAAAAAUCUAUGACCCUCAAACAGAAGAUCGACGUUUACAACCAGCAACAACUGAAAAGAGAAGUAUUUUCAAUUACACGUUAAAUACUAGAAGAUCACCAUCGGAUAAUGGCUCCAACAUUUCACCAUAUUCUCUAUCACCAGUUUCAAAUAAAAGUCAGAAAUUGCUGCGUUCUCCCAGGAAGCCAUCCCGUAAGAUUUCCAAAAUUCCCUUUAAAGUCUUGGAUGCUCCAGAGCUUCAAGACGACUUUUAUUUAAACUUGGUUGAUUGGUCAUCACUCAAUGUCCUAAGUGUUGGUUUGGGCACUUGUGUUUACCUUUGGAGUGCAUGCACCAGUCAGGUUACAAGACUGUGUGAUCUAUCUUUGGAGGGGGAUUCUGUCACAUCUGUUGGGUGGUCUGAAAGGGGUAAUUUGGUGGCUGUGGGGACUCACAAAGGCUAUGUUCAAAUCUGGGAUUCAGGUGCUGGAAAAAAGCUAUUUACCUUAGAAGGACAUACAGCCAGAGUUGGAGCACUAGCUUGGAAUGCAGAUCAAUUGUCUUCAGGAAGCCGCGACCGUAUGAUUCUUCAGAGAGACUUGCGAACUCCUCCUCUUCAGUCAGAGAGGCAGCUGCAGGGCCACCGACAAGAAGUGUGUGGUUUAAAAUGGAGCACAGACCAUCAGCUGCUUGCCUCCGGAGGCAAUGAUAAUAAGUUGCUAAUUUGGAACAAUUCGGCGUUGAGCCCGGUGCAGACGUACAUGGACCACCUGGCUGCAGUGAAGGCCAUUGCUUGGUCCCCUCAUCAACACGGUCUGUUGGCGUCUGGAGGAGGCACCGCUGACCGCUGCAUCCGCUUUUGGAACACUUUGACCUCGCAGCCUCUGCAGUGCAUGGACACUGGGUCCCAAGUGUGCAACCUGGCCUGGUCAAAGCAUGCUAAUGAGCUGGUGAGCACCCAUGGCUAUUCUCAGAACCAGAUCCUAGUGUGGAAGUAUCCUGCCCUCACACAAGUGGCCAAACUGACGGGACACUCGUACCGUGUUUUGUACCUGGCAAUGUCUCCUGAUGGUGAGGCAGUCGUGACAGGAGCUGGAGAUGAGACACUUCGUUUUUGGAAUGUAUUUAGUAAAACAAGAUCAACAAAGGAGUCUGUGUCUGUUUUGAAUCUUUUCACAAGAAUACGUGCUGACCUGUUUCUGUCGUGGGUUUUGAUGGCGGACCGAAGUCUGGUGCAGGAGCUCCGGCGCUGGGCCACUGAGGAGUUCCAUCUCCCCCCGGACACUUUACCCCAUGACAGCUACUUUAAAACGCUUUGUGUGGGCACAGGAAAACCCAUUUGGCAAUAUAUGAUUCAUCAUGUGUUUCAACAAAGAAAGAUAAAAAUAAUGCGGGGGAAUAUUAUGUGGUACAACUCGCUUCAAGAAAAAAAGAUGAAAGAUGCUGACGGGAAAAGUGAAAACGCCAAACGUAAAGAUCUCCAGAGAGAAAUUGAGCAACUUGGUGCUGAAAUCGCACACUUGAAUUCUCAGAUCAGUGGCACAGAGGAGCAGCUUGCAACCCAAGAGCAGUCGAUUGGGCGCACUUGGGCACAGGUGGAGGAUAAUCGCUGCAGAGGGCUUCUCCUCAUGUCCAUGACGCAACACUGUGUCCAGAAUCGCCAGGAACUUGUAGGUGAUACUCAAAACAUCAAUGGGCACUGCCAGGCUCUUGGGCAGAUGACCAGAAAGGCUGAAGAGGAAGUGAUGUUUGAUAGUAAAUCUUCCUGCAGCAAAGAAAGUCCCUAUUCAAAAACUGUCACAGAACCACAAGUGCUGCGUGAAGUGAGGAAGUUGUGCAAUGACAGGAUCCAGUUUUAUCAGUCAUUGCAAGAAAGUAAAGUAAAAAAUGAUGGCACAUUAGCACCUCAUGAACAGAGGAAUUCUGUGUUUGAAUACUGGUUGAGUGCAGCUGAGGACCUGUUGUGUGGGUAUCCUCCAAACCAUAUUCUCUCAGCUCUUCAACAUUUAGCCAUUUGUGAGCAGAAAGCCCUGGAGGACAAACUUGGCUCAUUAGACGUAACUCGUGAUGUGACUGCUCUAAAGUUCCGCUAUGAAGAUGAUCAUCUAAGGGAUAUCUCUGCAGAGGGAGCAGAACAAUUGCCUCCUGUUACGACUCUUUUACAGGCUGCAUGGGAGGAGGUAGAGCAAAGUUUGGUAGAACUGGCACAAACUCGAGCCAAGGUGGCAACACUUAAAAACCAGCUAGUUUCCCAUAAGAAGAAGGCAGAGCAGGAGAUGUCUGUUCUUGUGGAUGAUCUUCAUAAUGACUCCUUGGCCAUGUCGGCUUUUGAGGUGGAACUCCAGUGUGUAAUACAAGCUGCAACAAGAGAUUUUAUCAGAGACCGAUGCAUUCAAUUGGACCAACAGGCCAGAAGCAAACAGGAAGUGCUUCAAAACCUCCACAGCCAGUGGCAAAGCAUUUUGAACUUCAGGCGAUUAGUGGAUUUGAGACAAGAAGAUCUUAGAGGCCUGAUUAGGUCCAACUCUGAAGCUAAAACAAAAUUGAUUCACAAACAGAAAGAGUUGCAAGAUUAUAUUCAAAAAAAGUUGGUGCCCAAAUUUGACGAUGUCUCCUCGGCAGCUAUUAUAAGAAAUUCAAUUGCUAAGGAGGCCAAGCAGCUGGGAACUUUGUCACUUCUUGCACUGGACCGUAGAACUGCUAAAGGAUCACAAAGAAUCCCAGCAUCAUGGCUUUCAAUCUACCGAUUACAGUCGACAAUGGUUAAGACUUUGUGCCAGAACAUGUUCUUCCCAUUGUACAAAGCUCCAGAGCAGCUCUGUGCUCAUGCUUGCUCACGGUGGUUGGAACUGCAGUAUGUUCAAAAGUUACUGCACCUUCACUAUUCUACUCUGAAAAACACACAGAAGGAAGCAGAUUUGUUACAUGCAUCCGACCAAAAGGCCUUUCUAUCCAAAGUUCGGGAAGAGGAUCAGAAACUCUUAAAAGCUUUGAUACCAAGAGUCCGCACUCUCACACAGCGCUGUGCACAGGGACUUUCUUAUGGAGACCAAGUCAAAAUGGCAAUCAUUUAUUGGUGGGAUCAACCUGCCCAGCAUGUCCUACCAGAGAUAAAUAAAGGAGGCCUGACUUUCCAACAAUGGCUACAGAGAUGGAAACUGGCAGCCAAAGCCUCUUAG